AUGAAGGACCAAAGUUACUCAGGUCAAGGCCUUGGCCCAUCAGCGAGUGGUACAGGUGGCCUGUGGCAGUCGGGACGCCCAAACCCUGGCCCUCACAGACGAGGGCAUCGUCUACUCCUGGGGGGACGGCGACUUUGGAAAACUGGGUCGAGGGGUAGUGAGGGUUGUAAUGUCCCUCAUGAAGUAGAGAGACUGAGGGAUCAGAAGGUGUGUCAGAUUGAGUGUGGUGCCCAGUUCUCAUUGGCUCUGACCAAGUCUGGACAAGUGUGGACAUGGGGCAAAGGUGACUAUUUUCGAUUGGGUCAUGGAACAGAUGCUCAUGUAAGGAAGCCUCAGAUUGUGGAGGGACUGAAGGGGAAGAAGAUCGUCCAUGUAGCCGUGGGGGCCCUCCACUGUCUGGCCGUCACUGACACGGGGCAGGUGUAUGCUUGGGGAGAUAAUGACCACGGACAGCAAGGAAAUGGAACCACCACGGUCAACAGAAAGCCGGCCCUGGUGGUGCUGGAGGGGUACAAGAUCAGUAAGGUGGCGUGUGGAGGGGCACACAGUGCCUGUAUCACAGCUAACGGGGAACUGUACACCUGGGGCAAGGGACGAUACGGUCGCCUGGGGCACGGGGACAGUGAAGACCAGCCCCGCCCCAAACUGGUGGAGGCCCUGAAAUCCUACCGUGUAAUUGACGUGGCGUGUGGUAGUGGGGAUGCCCAGACUCUGUGUAUCACUGAUGAUGACAAUGUCUGGUCUUGGGGAGAUGGGGAUUAUGGGAAAUUGGGUCGUGGAGGAAGUGAUGGCUGUAAAGUGCCAAUGAAAAUCGAGACCCUUAUGGGUCAGGGGGUCAUGAAGGUUGAGUGUGGAUCUCAGUUCUCUGUGGCGCUCACUAAAAGUGGAGCUGUCUUCACGUGGGGUAAGGGAGACUACCAUCGUUUGGGUCACGGAUCUGAUGACCACGUCAGGCGCCCCCGCCGAGUGUCAGCUCUCCAGUCUAAGAAGGUCAUCGACGUGGCCUGUGGUUCCCUCCACUGUGUGGCCUGCACUGAUACUGGUGAAGUGUUUUCUUGGGGAGAUAAUGAUGAAGGACAGUUAGGAGAUGGAACCACCAAUGCCAUCCAAAGACCCCGCCAGGUGGUGUCACUGCUUGGUAAGAAGAUCAAUCGUGUGGCCUGUGGCUCCGCCCAUAGCUUAGCCUGGUCCACCAACAAAGCGGUCAGUGCCGGUAAACUGCCCACCGCCAUCCCAUGGAGUACAACCACCUCCAGACCAUUCCUAUCACCAAGUCAAGGAGAGGUCAGGAAUGACAUCAUCACCGGACUGGACAAUCUAAGAGGAGUGAUUGUGUCCUCAGUCAAGGAAGCUGCCUUCAGAAAAGUUGUACAAGCCACCAUGGUGAGAGACAAACAGCAUGGACCGGUGGUGGAACUUAACAGACUACAGGUGAAGAGAGCGCGUAGUAAGGGAGGGUAUGCUGGCCCGGACGGCACUAAGUCCGUGUUUGGACAGAUGGCCAGUAAACUGUCAUCAUUUGGAGCAGACAGUCUGAUGUUACCACACAGGGUCUGGAAGGUCAAGUUUGUAGGGGAGAGUGUGGACGACUGUGGUGGGGGGUACAGUGAGUCCGUGGCUGAGAUGUGUGACGAGUUACAGAACGGCUCCCUCCCCCUCCUCAUCGUCACCCCAAACGGACGGGGAGAGUCCGGGGCCAACAGAGACUGUUUUAUCUUCAAUCCCAUGGCCAAAUCUCCAGUGCAUGUCAACAUGUUCAAGUUCUUAGGUGUGUUAUUUGGCAUAGCCAUUAGAAGUGGGAGUCCCCUGAGUCUGAACAUUGCAGAGCCUGUGUGGAAACAGGUGGCUGGGAUGCCCCUCAGUAUAUCUGACCUGGCAGAGAUUGACAAGGACUGUGUCCCAGGUCUGAUAUGCAUCAAAGAUCUGACAGAGAAACUCCAGGCCGUAGAGAUGCCCUUCAGUAUCCCCAGCUCUUCUGGUCAGGAGGUGAAGGAGAGUAACCGUAGUAAGGGACUUGCUGUAUGUAGUGGCAGAAACAGCACUAAGUCCCCCUCAAAAUGGCCAGUAUUGCUGUCAUCAUUUGCUGACAGUCAUCGAUUGCAUGAAUUUGAUGACCAGGUCAGGUGGGUCAGAGAGGGCAUGUCAAAGGUCAUCCCAGUACCCCUCCUGUCACUGUUCACUGGACUGGAACUGGAAACCAUGGAGAGAGUGUGGAUGACUGUGGAGGAGGGUACAGUGAGUCCGUGGCUGAGAUGUGUGUUAUUUGGCAUAGCCAUCAGAAGUGGGAGUCCCCUGAGUCUGAACAUUGCGGAGCCUGUGUGGAAACAGGUGGCUGGGAUGCCCCUCAGUAUAUCAGACCUGGCAGAGAUUGACAAAGACUGUGUCCCAGGUCUGAUCUGCAUAAAAGAUCUGACAGAUGAGAAGCUCCAGGCCGUAGAGAUGCCCUUCAGUAUCCCCAGCUCUUCUGGUCAGGAGGUACAAUUGUCAGCUAAAUACAGCAAGAUAACUCCCACAAAUAAAGUGGAGUACAUCAAACAGGCCAUUAAUUACAGAAUUGAAGUAUGUGGUAGUCCAGACAUACCUCUGUACUUACUGAAGUCGGUGGCUACCUAUAAAGGUGUGGACGCUAACGCCCCCCUGGUGACCUGGUUCUGGGAAGUGAUGGAGGAGCUGUCUAACAAUGAGCGGUCCCUGUUCCUGAGGUUUGUGUGGGGCAGGACCCGCCUCCCCAGGUCCAUCGCAGACUUCAGGGGGAGAGACUUCGUCCUACAGGUGUUGGAUAAAUAUAACCCACCGGAUCACUUCCUGCCAGAAAGCUACACCUGUUUCUUCCUGCUCAAGAUGCCGCGUUAUUCCUGUAAACCCGUGUUACUGGAAAAGCUCAAAUACGCCAUACACUUCUGUCGCUCCAUAGACACCGACGACUACGCUCGGGUGGCUCUCACGGGGGAAAUUCUCGUGGACGAUACCCCGGAGGCCAGCGAUGACUCGGAGGAUAUUUAUAGCAUGGAGUCGGACGGGGAAAUUGUGGAUUCCGACUCCAGUUUGCCCUUUGACCUUGACCUUGGAGUUAAACUUCCAUACUGGGUCCGAUAUAUCCAUGUGGAGAUUCUGGGAUUCAUGGGAAACGAGACCGGGUCCACUCAGAAAAUCUCAGUGGGGGACAAGGUUCACGUCAAACCUAAUGUGGUCACGCCCACCUACAAAUGGGGGUCCGUGUCUCAUAACUGCAUUGGAACAGUUACAGCCAUCAAUGCCAAUGGUAGAGAUCUAACAGUAGACUUUCCCCAGCAAUCUCACUGGACAGGGGUUAUUGAUGAAAUGGAAAUUGUGCCAAGUUCUCAUCCUGGAGUGGGGUGUGAUGAAUGUGAACUGUUCCCUAUCGUGGGCUCAAGAUACAAGUGUCAGAAAUGUCCCAGUUAUGACAUGUGUGAAAACUGCUUCUGAAUCAAGAAACACAAACACAGUCAUGUCUUCGUUAAAAUAUCUGAACCAGAUUGUGAGCCAUCUUUUGCGGGGAAGGCUGGUAAACAGAGGAGGAAGUUUGGGGUCAUGUCCUCCAGAUCCACCAUUGAUGACUGGCACACCUGUGUCAAGGCCAUCACGGUGUCAUCUCGAGAAAACCAGGCUCACAGACUCAUCAAUGGAAACAAUGGCUACUGGCAGAGUUCAGGGUCACAGGGCAAGCACUGGAUCCGACUAGAAAUGCAGCCAGAUAUCCUUUUACAUCGACUCUACAUGAAAGUGGAGCCUUCUGACUCCAGCUACAUGCCAAGUUUGGUGGUGAUCAGUGCAGGAGAUACGCUUAACUCCAUGAGAGAAAUCCGUGCAGUCAAUAUCACAUCAUCCGAGUCUAUUGUUACACUUCUACAGGACCUUAAUGACUACUUUCGCUUCAUUGAGAUUGGCAUCAAACAAUGUCGCAGCAGUGGCAUCGACUGUAAGGUUCACGGUCUGACGAUUCUGGGGAGGUUACGGUCGGACGAGGAUGAUGCUGUCGCUAACUUUUCGUUCCUGGCCUCAGACAGAGAGGAGGAAGAAGAGGAAAAGGUCAAUAGUUCAUCUGUCAAAAAGAAGAAGAAAUCCACAACCAAGGAAAUUCAGACUAAUGUAUUCUGCUGGGGACUGAAUGACAAGGAUCAGCUGGGCGGGCCUAAAGGGUCAAAGAUUAAACUCCCAACUUUGAAUGACAACCUGUCUGCUCUGAGAUGUGUACAAAUUGUGGGUGGAUCCAAAAGUUUAUUUUGUGUGACCCAAGAAGGAAUGGUCUAUGCUUGUGGUGAGGCCACCAAUGGGAGAUUAGGUCUGGGGAUCAGCACAGGGACUGUCUCUGUUCCGAGACAAAUCACCUCACUGAGUCAAUAUGUGGUCAAAAAAGUGGCAGUCCAUUCAGGUGGACGACACUCACUGGCCUUGACGACUGACGGAAAAGUCUUUUCCUGGGGAGAAGGGGAUGAUGGGAAACUGGGACAUUUCAGUCGCUGGAACUGUGAUAAACCUCGGCUGAUUGAGGCCCUGAAAUCAAAGCGUGUCAGAGACAUUGCCUGUGGGAGUUCCCAUAGUGCUGCUAUUACGUCUAACGGGGACCUGUACACCUGGGGGUUAGGGGAAAAGGAAAGACUGGGUUUAUUGGAUUCAACUACAAAAUAAAAAAAGGUCAAACACUUGGCCCAUCAGCGAGUGGUACAGGUGGCCUGUGGCAGUCAACGUACCCUGGCCCUCACAGACGAGGGCUACGUCUACUCCUGGGGGGACGGGGACUUUGGAAAACUGGGUCGAGGGGGGAGUGAGGGAUGUAAUGUCCCUCAUGAAGUGGAGAGACUGAGGGAUCAGAAGGUGUGUCAGAUUGAGUGUGGUGCCCAGUUCUCAUUGGCUCUGACCAAGUCUGGACAAGUGUGGACAUGGGGCAAAGGUGACUAUUUUCGAUUGGGUCAUGGAACAGAUGCUCAUGUAAGAAAGCCUCAGAUUGUAGAGGGACUGAAGGGGAAGAAGAUCGUCCAUGUAGCCGUGGGGGCCCUCCACUGUCUGGCCGUCACUGACACAGGGCAGGUGUAUGCUUGGGGAGAUAAUGACCAUGGACAGCAAGGAAAUGGAACCACCACGGUCAACAGAAAGCCUGCCCUGGUGGUGCUGGAGGGGUACAAGAUCAGUAAGGUAGCAUGUGGUUCCUCUCACAGCAUUGCCUGGGCCACCACCGACAUGUCUGUCCCCACCACCCAUGAACCAGUGCUGUUCUCCACCUCCAGGGAUCCCCUGGGGGCAACACUUCUGGGUGUGAAUGAGAGCAAUGCUGAGGAGAACUCAGUAUCUACCACUGCCUCCCAAAACUCAACAUCCAAAACUGUACGUCCAUCUCUGGCCAAAAUCAUUCUAUCCCAGGACACAGACACCAGUAAACAACAGGCCCUGGGUUACAUACUGACCGCUCUACAGAUUCUCUACUCCAGAGAUGCCAUAGUAAAGUCCCUGGAGACAGAUGGUCAGCCUGUGCCAGUUUCUCAGGAAAUGAAGCCCCUGGGUAUGACGGGGUCCCUGGCGGCCAGCACUGAUGAGCUCCCUAUGGACAGAGAAGAGGGACUACACCGGGAGGGGACAGAGGAGGUGCUGGACCACGCCGACAUACAGCUGACAGUGGGGGAGACUGUCACAGAGGCUGUGCAUUCAGAAAUCUCAUCAUACACAAGCAUGCAAAGUCUGGCAGCUUUAGUUCCCAUGGAAACAAGUAUCAUAGCAGAGACCUUGACCUCUGCAGAUGAGGUCAUGAGUACCAUGGAAGCCGGCCCAACAAACUUUCCAUCAGGUCUGGACGACUUCACUGCCAGAAUGUCUGUUAACGAUGCCCGUAAUUUGGUAGAACUUCUGAAGCUUGCUGUGGCGUCCAGAAUGGGAGAAAUGGCUAAAGAGGGUCUGUCAGACAUCCUUACUCGACUGGCCAAGGCAUAUCCUCAGGUGGCUGAGAUGUUGUUGGAGCUGUGUGUCACAGAGUUGGAGGAUGUGGCGUCAGAUCGGGUUUGUGGGAGGCUACCACAGCCGGUGGUACAGGAGUGUCCCCACCCCUACAGUGAUGAUACCUCCCUGAGUGGGACAGUCAAAAUACCAGGAGCUGAUUCCCUGAGGGUGGAGUUUGAUCGACGAUGUUCUACAGAGAGGAGACAUGAUCCCUUGACAAUCUCGGACAGUUCUGGUAGAACCCUGGCUGUUAAAUCAGGACGAGAGUGGUCUGAUUGGUCCCAGGAGCUUCGAAUCGACGGAGAUGAACUGCGAUGGAAGUUUGUCAGUGACGGUUCCGUCAAUGGCUGGGGCUGGUACUUCACCGUGUAUCCCAUCAUGCCUGCUGCUGCUCCCAUGGACAUGCUCUCUGAUAGAACGGUCCUGUCGCGUCCUUCCAUUGACCUGGUCACUUGUCUUCUGGACUUUAAACUGGACAUUAACCUGGCCAGGAAUAUCGUCACCAGACUGGCCGCAACCCUAGCUGCUAAUGCUCAGCUCAGUUCACUAGGGUCCAGCCAGAGAAUGUGGGCUCUACAGAAACUCCGGAAACUGAUGGUCUGACACCUGGUCAUCGUCAAUGUCAACACGUUACUGGCCAGUCCCACUGUGGAGACAGCGGAGCCUGACCUGACAUCUCGAUCCUCCACAGCACUGCUGAGCAGUUCCUCAGUGACCUCCCUUGUUAAGGGUCUGCCCGAGGCCCUACAGAGACAGUAUGACUAUGAGGAUCCUAUAGUCAGGAGCGGAAAACACCUGAUGCACAGCCCAUUCUUCAAGGUUCUAGUGGCCUUGGCCUGUGACCUUGAACUGGACAAACUGAACUGCUGCAGUGAAGCACACAAGUGGGCAUGGUUCCGUCGCUACUGCAUGGCGGCUCGCGUUGCCACGGGAAUCGUCCAAAGGACCGCCCUGCCAGUCUCUUUCCUGGAGGAAGUCCGAAAAAAGAUUCUGGACAUUUCAUGUGACGAGGAAGAGGAUACAAACGCUCAUGAAAAUCAUGAAAUUUUCAAACAAGAACAAGAUGAACAAUUACUAUUGUGGUUAAACAGGAAACCGGAGGAAUGGACUUUGUCCUGGGGAGGUAGUGGUCAAAUCUGGGGGUGGGGCCACAAUCACAGGGGGCAGCUCGGGGGAGUGGACGGUGCCAAGGUCAAGCAGCCGGUCAGCUGUGAGGGUCUAGCCGUCACCAGGCCAAUUCAACUGGUAGGAGGGGAGCAGACCCUGUUUGCAGUGACAGCUGAAGGAAAGGUGUUUGCUACAGGAUAUGGGGCUGGUGGAAGGCUUGGAGUUGGGGGGACAGAGUCUGUUUCCCACCCCACACAACUGGAGUCCAUUCAGCAUGUGUUUAUUAAGAAGCUGGCCGUGAACUCGGGAGGGAAGCACUGCCUGGCCCUGUCUGCUGACGGGGAGGUGUACUCCUGGGGAGAGGGAGAGGACGGGAAACUAGGUCACGGUAACAGGAGUCCCUGUGACAGACCUCGAGUGAUCGAUUCCCUGAGAGGGAAGGAGGUGGUGGAUAUAGCAGCUGGAGGGGCACACAGUGCCUGUAUCACAGCUAACGGGGAACUGUACACCUGGGGCAAGGGACGAUACGGUCGCCUGGGGCACGGGGACAGUGAAGAUCAGCCCCGCCCAAAACUGGUGGAGGCCCUGAAAUCCUACCGUGUAAUUGACGUGGCGUGUGGUAGUGGGGACGCCCAGACUCUGUGUAUCACUGACGAUGACAAUGUCUGGUCUUGGGGAGAUGGGGAUUAUGGGAAAUUGGGUCGUGGAGGAAGUGAUGGCUGUAAAGUGCCAAUGAAAAUUGAGACACUGAUGGGUCAGGGGGUCAUGAAGGUGGAGUGUGGAUCUCAGUUCUCUGUGGCGCUCACUAAAAGUGGAGCUGUCUUCACGUGGGGUAAGGGAGACUACCAUCGUUUGGGUCACGGAUCUGAUGACCAUGUUAGGCGCCCCCGCCGAGUGUCAGCUCUCCAGUCUAAGAAGGUCAUCGACGUGGCCUGUGGUUCCCUACACUGUGUGGCCUGCACUGAUACUGGUGAAGUGUAUUCUUGGGGAGAUAAUGAUGAAGGACAGUUAGGAGAUGGAACCACCAAUGCCAUCCAAAGACCCCGCCAGGUGGUGUCACUGCUUGGUAAGAAGAUCAAUCGUGUGGCCUGCGGCUCUGCCCACAGCUUAGCCUGGUCCACCAACAAAGCGGUCAGCGCCGGUAAACUGCCCACCGCCAUCCCCAUGGAGUACAACCACCUACAGACCAUUCCCAUCACCGCCCUGAGGAACCGCCUGAUGCUGCUCCACCACUUCUCUGACCUCUUCUGUCCCUCCAUUCCCAUGUUUGACCUUCAGAACAGAAGUCAAGGAGAGGUCAGGAAUGACAUCAUCACAGGACUGGACAAUCUGAGGGGGGUCAUUGUGUCCUCAGUCAAGGAAGCUGCCUUCAGAAAAGUUGUACAGGCAACUAUGGUGAGAGACAAACAGCAUGGACCAGUGGUGGAACUUAACAGACUACAGGUGAAGAGAGCCCGUAGUAAGGGAGGUUACGCUGGACCGGAUGGCACUAAGUCUGUGUUUGGACAGAUGGCCAGUAAACUGUCAUCAUUCGGAGCAGACAGUCUGAUGUUACCACACAGAGUCUGGAAGGUCAAGUUUGUAGGAGAGAGUGUGGAUGACUGUGGAGGGGGUUACAGUGAGUCCGUGGCCGAGAUGUGUGACGAGUUACAGAAUGGCUCCCUCCCCCUCCUCAUUGUCACCCCCAAUGGACGGGGAGAGUCCGGGGCUAACAGAGACUGCUUUAUCUUCAACCCCAUGGCCAAAUCUCCAGUGCAUGUCAACAUGUUCAAAUUCUUAGGUGUGUUAUUUGGCAUAGCCAUUAGAAGUGGGAGUCCCCUGAGUCUGAACAUUGCGGAGCCUGUGUGGAAACAGGUGGCUGGGAUGCCCCUCAGUAUAUCUGACCUGGCAGAGAUUGACAAAGACUGUGUCCCAGGUCUGAUAUGCAUAAAAGAUCUGACCGAUGAGAAACUGCAGGCAGUAGAGAUGCCCUUCAGUAUCCCCAGCUCUUCUGGUCAGGAGGUACAAUUGUCAGCCAAAUACAGCAAGAUAACUCCUGCAAAUAAAGUGGAGUACAUCAAACAGGCCAUUAAUUACAGAUUGCAUGAAUUUGAUGACCAGGUCAGGUGGGUCAGAGAGGGCAUGUCAAAGGUCAUCCCUGUACCUCUCCUGUCACUGUUCACUGGACUGGAACUGGAAACCAUGGUGUGUGGUAGUCCAGACAUACCUCUGUACUUACUGAAGUCAGUGGCUACCUAUAAAGGUGUGGACGCUAACGCCCCCCUGGUGACCUGGUUCUGGGAGGUGAUGGAGGAGCUCUCUAACAAUGAGCGGUCCCUGUUCCUGAGGUUCGUGUGGGGCAGGACCCGCCUCCCCAGGUCCAUAGCAGACUUCAGGGGGAGAGACUUUGUCCUGCAGGUAUUAGAUAAAUAUAACCCACCGGAUCACUUCCUGCCAGAAAGCUACACCUGUUUCUUCCUGCUCAAGAUGCCGCGUUAUUCCUGUAAACCCGUGUUACUGGAAAAGCUCAAAUACGCCAUACACUUCUGUCGCUCCAUAGACACGGACGACUAUGCUCGAGUGGCUCUCACGGGAGAAAUCCUCGUGGACGAUACUCCUGAGGCCAGCGAUGACUCAGAGGAUAUUUAUAGUAUGGAGUCGGAUGGAGAAAUUGUGGAUUCUGACUCCAGUCUGGUCUGAACUUCCGUGAUGCUUUCUAGUCUAUUUAUAGAACGGUCUUGCAGUGUUUUUAUUAACCUUGUUAUAUAAAUAAAGAUAGUUGGACGUUAUGUUUACAGUUGCCUGAAAAGAAUUAAUAAGAAUAAAAUAUGGACAAGAUUUUUGUUACAAAGGACAACAGCUAAUAAUCUGUUAGGCAUAUGAAUUUAUUGACAAAUGGAAAUACAUGUAUGCCUGUUUUAAGUUAUUUUUCAAAGCCGUAGCCAAAUUGUAUUGAUUUUUUAAAAAUUAAUUUCCAUUGCUUUAUUUUUAACAGCGUGAUAUGAGUGGUAGCUAGUAUUUUUACUUU